GGUUCCCUCCGGAUGCACCCAGCGCCUUCGAAUUGCAUACGGCACAAACUGCAAGGAAACAGCGCUAUCUUGUGGAAAUACGAUUGAGGCAAUAUAAUCACGACCAAUUGAAACUAAACUGCAUUAAUUGAGUGGCAACGACAUUUUAAAUAGGAAGUGUCCGACAAAAGGCAAUCGACGGCGUCACAAAUGGCGACGAAUCUAGCGAGUCCUCAAAGUUUAAGGUUUAGACAGGCCUCAGUGGAGAUGCUGACGGACUUUCUCACCAAUCUCAACGAGAGAAAUAAAGAUAACCUCCGCAGUUUGUCCACCUGUGGCGGAGGCUUCAAGGAUAAAAGACUAUUUGAAUACACUUUGCUGAUGUGUCAAGAGCUCCGACUUGACCUGGCUAUUGCUUACCACGCCGUCGAAUUACUUCAAAGGUUCAUGGUCAAGCACAUUACGCAUUUGCUGACACCCGGAGGUUCGAGCGCGGCCGAAGUGAAGGCCCACGAGAACGCUGCGUUCGAGCAGAUCCGGGGGAGCUUCGCCUUGAUCGUGUUUUCCUGUGUGCAGCUAGCCAGCAAGUUGUCACUGCACAGCCACAUCGUCGACGUCAACAAGGCCGUCCGCUUUCUGCACUCGAUCGGUCUCGACUUCUCCAAACAGGCCAUUCUGGAAUCGGAGCUGAUGGUGCUGAAGGGGCUGCAAUUCCGACUGGACCCGCCCAACCCUCUCACCUAUGUGGAAAUACUUCUGGAGGUGCUGGGCCACAAUGAGCCGAGCGCCCCUGUGGAACGCCUGCACCAGAUGUGCCGCCACGUGCUCCAGUUUGUCAGUUUGCAGCGUGAAACUUUUUACAACACCCUGCUGACCAUCACCACGCAGACCCGCAAACCUACCGCGGAGCAGAGAGAGAAGUUUGUGCCAGUGACAGAAGAUUGCAUGCUGCUUGGCGUGGGCGUCAUCGCCGCCGCCGCCUUCAUCCUCCACGUCAGAGACUGGGAGCAGGUGGUGCAAGAAUUGAGCCACAUCACGGGAAUCUCCACCACCAGCAUCGGAGAUUUCACCCGCGUCACGCUCACGCUCAUCGUUGGGACGCCCAGAGAUGGCCAGUGAUGAGUCAAAUGAUUUCUU